AUGCGAACAGGAUUACGCUGUGCCACGGCUGACUUGGACAAGAUAUGUCACGAUGGUCUAUUCCGGGCAGCUUCAGCGCAACAGGUCAUGUCGAACUGUGGAGCAGUUUUCAGCGAAGGCCUCACAGGACUGAUUGGCGCCAGCAGCCUCGAGGAACUGAGCUCCGAGGCUGCGAGGGCCAAAGCCAAGGAAGCAUGCGCUGCAUCCUACGAAGCCUGCAAAGAGGUGAAAAGCGUGGACGUUUUCAUCAGCCACAACUGGGGUGCCAAACGGUGGGAGAAGUUUCUGGCUAUGUGCUUCCACCUGAACUUCGGCCUUGCCAUAAAGGCCACUGUUUGUUCAGCUUCGACGGCGAUCGCUGUUUUACUACUGACAGUGGACACCGUUACUGGCCUGGGCGGCUCCUCGUUGGUGCUGCCUUUGGUGCUUUGGUUGCCCAUGUCUUUCUUUUUCAUCUUCUUCUUUUUCGGACAGACACUCACCUGCGGGCGCUGCGCACCAUCCUUCUGGCUGGACAAGCUGUGCGUGCUACAGACCGAUGACGCGAUGAAGGCCAAGGCCAUUUCUGGAUUUCCUGCCGUCCUCGCGCGAUCGAGACGGAUGUUGAUCUUAUGGGAUGAGGAGUACUUCGAUCGGAUGUGGUGCAAUUUAGAGCUGGCGGUGUUCACUAGGUUCUCAAUGGAAGGAACGAGGAACAUACAUUUUCUGCCUGUUUGGCUCGCACCGUGGUUCUUGGCAUUAUUGAUAUCUGACCUGGUUGGUGUCACGCUGCUCCGAGCGAUGGCAGGGGUGAUGACCGGCCCUGACAUUCUGAAGACAGGGCAGGACUCCGUUAACGAGGCCGUUUCCCAGCUGCCAAUCUCACUGUCGCCAGAUUUGAUCCGGGUUAUUUGGGAAACACUGGAAAUGACCCUCUCUUUUGCUCCCUACUACCUUUGUGCACUUCCCACCGUGCUGGUCCUGCGGUGGAAGAUGCGGAGUCACGGCCUUAUGCUGCAGCAGAUGCGCGCCUUUGAUGCGAGAACCGCGCAGUGCAGUCUUGAGAGCGACCGCACCCUUCUUCAGCAAGAGAUCGCCCACAUUUUCGGUCAGGACGAACUUCCGGUGAAUCAGAACACAUCGCCUGUCAGCAAAAUGUCGGAUCUUGAGGCUUCCGACGUCGCCGCUCUCAAGCAGCCAUGGAUCGACAAUUGCGAAAGAGAGCCGUUGGAGAUGUUCAAUGCAUGCGUGAGAGGUCCGCUUCGCCAUGCUGUUUUAGACAGGAUUGGUAGCGAACUGCACAUGUCCUACAGACUUGCUCUGGCGGCUCAGCUGCCUAUGCUUCUGUAUGGCCUUGUAGAUACGAUUAGUUGCAGUGGACAUGAUUGCCAGGACUUGGCACGAUCUGCGGGGCUCAGCUCCGGUGUAGAAUACAUGAAGCUGGGCUUUUUGUAUGAUCUUUUGAGCUCCCUGGUAGUUUUUCCGGCGGCGCAGCCGCUUCUCUUUGGCUUUCUAAGCAAGCUCGGUGCUAUAUCAGACAGGCCUUGGCUUAAUCUAUUGCUGGGCCUGAUCCUGAGCUUCUUGUUGUACACGUACAUUUUCCUCUGUGCAUCCUUGUGCCCCUGUUUGGCGACUGUUGCAAUGCAGCAGUCAUCACCAGAGUGGUGGGCUGCACUGUUGCUCUUCGGUGGGGUUAUGCUUGUACAGCUGCAUUUGGCAUUCCGGUAA